AUGCUUGCUUGUAUUGACUCUUUAUUACAUGAUUGCUAUAAAUUGGGCGAAACUUACAUAACUGGCAAAAGAAACCUUAAAGAAAAACGUGUUGAAUGUGAAAUUGCUUUUGCUAGUUGUGAUCACCUAGAAGAAGUUUGCCAUGAACUGAAAAAUCAAGUGGUAGAGCUAGAAGUUGAAUUGGAUAAGUGUAAAGUGGAACUGGAAAAGGCAAGAUCUUCUAAACCUGACUAUCCUAGUGAUGGUGAAGAAGAUCUGACCUCCUGGUUCCCCAAAGACUUAUCAACCACCAGUGAAUCUCUUGAUUUUUCAGCAGCUAGAGGUAAAGCAAAUUCCUAUAGUAGAACUUCUUUGUUGAAAGCCUUUGAAAUAUUGGCUCGUAAUUUGGAAGAUUCUCACAAGGAAAUUACUUCACUUAAAGCUGCACAAUUCACUGUUUCCCUUACAGGUACCAGCGUAGAAAUUAGUGAUGUGAUAGAUGAAUAUGAAAAUACUAUUUGUGAAUUGCAUGCUGAAACCUAUCAAUUGAAAAAGGGCAAUCAACCAAUAGUUGUUGACAUGACUAUUGAUUCUAUGGUUUCAAAUCUUAAUUUACAACUGGAAGCCUUAAAAAGUAAAUUUGAUUUUCUAAAAGAGAAAAAUGAGUUGUUGACUAAGACUCUUGAAACCAGAGAAAAGGAACUUCAUGAUAGUCAUAGACAUGUUGAAAAAUUAUUGACUGCACAAGAAACAUUGAGUUUUUUAACCUCAUCAAAAGGUAACAGGGGAAAGGUUGGUCUUGGAUAUACCAGACAGAGAACCAAGACUAACUGGUCCCCCAGAGAAACCACAUGGAUUAAAGAAUUCAAAAGAGGUAAGUAUGUUAUGACUAAAGAAAUGUAUGUUUGCUAUCAUUACGGUAUGAAUGGACAUAAGAUUCAUGAAUGUCCAGCUAAGAGGAACAGUGUGAAUAAGAACAAUAAACGUAUCAAGUACACUUGGGUGAUAAUGCUACAUUCAAAAGAUGAAACAUUUGACGAGUGGGUAGCAUUGGUGAAGCAGGUUGAGAACCAGCUUUCUCACAAGCUGGUCUCGGUACAACCUGAUGAAAUGAUUGGACUGAUGGAGUUUACGGGGAACCAUGAUGUUGGUUCUCUAAGUGAAGUACAAGCAGAUCUAGGCUCUCCUAAUGCUUCACCAGAUAAUGAUGGUGAAGAGCCUAGAGAAGAAAAUGAGAACAACAAGAAUUCAGAAGGGGAACCAAGACCUAAUGGCUUCCCAAGUGAUAGACAGGUAAGGAGUUUAUGGGGAAUGGAUGAAGAAGCCUCCCCUGAACCUGAGGUAAGUGAUGUUAAUGGAAACAGCGUGAACAUGAAUCCUUCUGGUUCUAUAGAAGAAGAAGUGAUUCACGAUCAUGCUGGUUCCCAACCUAAUGAAGAAGCACAAAAUGAUUUCACUUUCAAAAGUUAUAAAUUCGAUUCCUCUCAUCCCCCAGAUCAGAUCAUUAGUAACAUUAACAAGGGAAUUCAAACGAGAAGAAAUGUUUUUCAAAACUUUUGUGCUUUUUAUUCUUUCCUGUCUAGUGUAGAGCCAACUGACUACAAAAUGGCUUUGACCAAUCCUGAUUGGGUUCUAGCAAUGCAAGAUGAAUUAAAUCAGUUCCAUAGGAACCAGAUGGAUGUAAAGGCUGCCUUCCUGAAUAACUACUUGAAGGAAGAGGUAUAUGUAGAGCAGCCACCUGCUUUUGAGGACAAGCUGUUCCCCCAUCAUGUAUACAAGCUGGACAAAGCACUAUAUGGAUUGAAACAAGCUCCAAGGGCUUGGUAUGAAAGAUUGUCUACCUUUUUUAUGGAGAAUGAUUAUAAGAGGGGAACAGUGGAUAAGGCAUUGUUCAUCAAAACCAGGGGGAACCACUUGAUUAUAGUACAAAUUUAUGUUGAUGAUAUUUUAUUUCGUGCUACUAAUCAGAUUAAGCAAAUGGAAAAUGGAAUCAUGAUUCAUCAGCAAAAGUACUUGAAAGAGUUGCUGAAGAAAUUUGGCAUGGAGAACAGCAAGGCUUAUGAUACACCUGUUCCUACAUCCACUAAAUUGGAUUCUGAUCUAAAGGGAAAAGAUGUUGAAACCUCACUAUAUAGAGGGAAGAUUGGCUCCCUCCUUUAUCUAACAGCCAGUAGGCCUGACAUUGUGUUUUCUGUUGGAUUAUGUGCCAGGUUUCAAAGCAAUCCAAAGGAGUCUCAUUUCAAGGCUGUUAGAAGGAUACUUAAAUAUCUUGUGGGAACAACAGAUCUGUGCUUGUGGUACCCCAAAGGUAGUUCAAUUGAUCUUAUUGGGUACACAGAUGUAGAUUAUGCUGGCUUUCUUGUUGAUAGGAAGAGCAUAUUAGGUAUGGCACACUUUCUUGGCUAUUGCCUAAUUUCUUGGGGUUCUAAAAAGCAAAAUUCAGUGGCCUUAUCCACAGCAGAGUCGGAGUAUAUUGCUGCAGCUUCAUGCUGUUCCCAGUUACUGUGGAUAAGGAACCAACUGAAGGAUUUUGGUGUUGUUUACGAUAGUGUUCCUAUCUUUUGUUACAACACUAGUGCAAUUAAUAUUUCAAAGAAUCCUGUCCAACACUCCAAAAUCAAACACAUUGAGAUAAGACAUCACUUCUUCAGAGACAAUGUGGAGAAAGGUCUGGUGGAGUUGUUGUUUUGUAAAAGUGAAGAUCAGAUAGUCGAUAUCUUCACAAAACCUUUGUGUCGAGAGUCUUUUUGUAAUUUAAGAGUCUUAUUAGGUCUAAAGGAAGCACAAAAAACCCUAAGCCAGGAGUUGGAAGUCGUCAGUAAUGAAGGUCAGAGUGUAGGAGAUGAUGAAGUAGAGGUCACUGGUCACAAGGAGGGGACACUCACUGAAGAGGUCAUGGUACGUGGUAGGGUAACUCGGUCUUCAGUGAAGAAGGUUAUUGAGGAAGUUCAGGAGGAACAGUCCAUUGGUUCUGUUCAGGGAACCAAGAGGAAAUGGGUACCAGCAAGAACCCCUCGCACUACAAAAGGUAUGUCUGUAGAAUCUCCAACUACUGGUUCUACUAACUUAAAUGCUCGAUUGGUUCUUUCUGGUUGUCGUGUUGAUAAGGGAUAUUUUGAUGUGCCUGCUUUGUCUGAGUUUAAAAGUUUGAUUGAGUAUCAAGGAUAG